AUGAGGCUACCAAGGGUGGGGUCUACCAGGAGUGGGGGUCUACCAGCAGUGGGGUCUACCAGCAGUGGGGUCUACCAGCAGUGGGGGUCUACCAGCAGUGGGGUCUACCAGCAGUGGGGUCUACCAGGAGUGGGUCUAGGAGUGGGGGUCUACCAGGAGUGGGGGUCUACCAGCAGUGGGGUCUACCAGCAGUGGGGUCUACCAGGAGUGGGGCUCUACCAGCAGUGGGGUCUACCAGCAGUGGGGUCUACCAGGAGUGGGGUCUCCAGCAGUGGGUCCACCAGCAGUGGGGUCCUACCAGCAGUGGGGUCUACCAGGAGUGGGGGUCUGCAGUGGUCUACCAGCAGUGGGUCUACCAGCAGUGGGGUCUACCAGCAGUGGGGUCUACUAGAACUGGGGUCCGCCGUAACUGGGGUCUACUGUAAGUGGGGUCUAUCAGGACUGGGGACUUUCAGAGCUGGGGGUCUACCAGAACUGGGGUCUACCAGAACUGGGGCCUACCAGCAGUGGGGUCUACCAGCUGUGGGGUCUACCAGCACUGGGGUCUACCGUAACUUGGGUCUAUCAGGACUGGGAUCUACCAGAACUAGGGUCUACCAGUAG